UAAAAGAAAAACAACUAGAGAGGAAAAACAAGAAGAAUGGGGAGAGUGCAAGCUCUUUUGUUUGCUGUUCUAGUUCUUGUUCUUGUUUUGAACCAUGAGGUGGAGGCGGAUUCACCUUGCGCCCGGGAAUGUCCCAAUAUCUGUCAGAAGUGGGAGGAACUGGAAUUCGCCUGUUAUAUCUUGUGUGUUGAUCACUGCAUGAAUGAUCCACCUGAGGCAGAAUCAACCAAACAGCUGCUACAAAAACGAACUCCGGAGAUGGAAGCCAAGCUGCGGGACAUCGAAAAGCAAUUUACAAGUGCACCAGCAAAGAUGCUUCUUGAGAGUCGUGGUAAACAUUUACAGAAGGCAACAGAGGCAUCCGCCAAAUACCAUCCAUUGCACAGAAAAGAAUCACAAGAAAACCAAAGGCAGCAGAGGCAUCCCCAUAAGUACCAAAUAAGCACAGACAAGAACCACGAAGAAAAUGACUUGAACUAAUGAGACAGAUACCGCCCAGAGCCAUUCCUAGUUGACAGAAAACAUCGAGCAGCUCAGGUAGCCAGAGAAGCUCGUGUCCCAUAAAACAUACUAAUGGCAGUUAUAAAGCAAGGAAUAUACAUAUUUCUCUCAUAUCCUUCAAUUCCGCCAUGUGUUUUUCUCAUGAACACUUCUUCUCCCUAAGCAUGCAAUCUUCACUAAAUAAAAUUACUCACUAUUUCUUUGAGCAA